AUGUCAUCAUCACAAUUGGAGAAACUAGGAGAAGGAACGUAUGCCACUGUCUACAAAGGUCGUAACAAAACCAAUGGAACACUGGUUGCUCUGAAAGAAAUUCGUUUAGACUCCGAGGAGGGGACUCCUUCGACAGCAAUUAGAGAAAUUUCUCUUAUGAAAGAGCUGAAGCAUGACAAUAUUGUAGAUCUCUAUGACGUUAUUCACACGGAGAACAAAUUGACGCUGGUUUUUGAAUACAUGGAUCAAGAUCUGAAAAAGUACAUGGACACUCAUGGUGACAGUAGUGGGGCUCUGGAGCCUCAGGUUAUCAAGUCGUUUAUGUUCCAACUUCUAAAAGGUGUCAUGUUUUGCCAUGAUAACAGAGUGCUUCACAGAGAUUUGAAACCACAGAAUCUGUUGAUUAAUUCUAAAGGAGAGUUGAAAUUGGGAGAUUUUGGUCUUGGCAGAGCGUUUGGAAUCCCCGUGAACACAUUUUCGCAUGAGGUGGUUACACUUUGGUAUAGAGCACCUGAUGUCUUACUGGGGUCCAAUAACUACUCUACUGGAAUUGACAUGUGGUCCUGUGGUUGUAUCCUAGCUGAAAUGGUUACAGGCAAGCCUCUUUUUCCUGGAGAGUCCAACGAAAGUCAAUUGACCAAAAUAUUUAGACUGAUGGGAACACCUAAUGAGCAUACUUGGCCUGGAGUAUCCAACUAUCCACAUUAUAAGGCAGACUUCCCCGUCUAUGUUCCGCAAGAUUUAGGAACAAUUUUGCCCAAGAUAGAGCCGCUGGCUCUCAAUUUGUUGACCAACCUUUUACAGCUUCGACCUGAAGCACGUAUCAGUGCCCGACAGGCGCUACAACAUCCCUAUUUUAGAGAGUAUGUUUAG